UAACUUGAGGCAAAAGGUCCCACCGUAUAAAUAUCAGGACGAAGAUCCAGGGCGGUACACUCCUCGGUGGAUCCCGUCAGCCACAACAGCCAAGAUGCGUCGCGGUCUCAUGGUAAUAAGCGUAGCGCUGCUGGCGACGGCGAUGGCUGACAGUGGUUACGGAGGACGCGGAGGAGGAGGUGGAGUGGUGGUAGUCGGCGGUGGAUUCGGAAGUGGAGUGCAGUCGGCGUGGAUUCGGAGUGGAGGCGGUGCAGUCGGCGGUGGAUUCGGAAGUGGAGGUGGUGCAGUCGGCGGUGGAUUCGGAAGUGGAGGUGGUGCAGUCGGCGGUGGAUUCGGAGGAAAUGCUAUUGGAGGUGGAGUCGGCGGUGGAGCAGGUGGAGCCGGAGGUUAUGGCGGAGGCGGAGUAGGAGGAGGCAGUGUGGCUCCUGGAAUUCUUGUUGGAAGCGGAAGCCUCCCAAGUGUUGGUGGAAAUGGUUUCGGAGGUAAUGGAGGGAGCUAUGGAAGGAGGUAAAUUGUUUACGUAACUUAAUUACCAAAGUUUGAUACUUUCUCUAGAAAGAAGAAAGUUUAUCGAUCAAAAUAAAGCCUUAUAAAAA